AGCCGGCAAUUUCGAGUACUGCGCAUCGAUACUAAUCGUUAAUUUGGCGUAUAUUUUACAACUUCAAGUUUGGUCACACUAGCUCUGUUUUACUUUAAAAUAUUUUCCUAAACCGCGCGUUUCUUGUUUUGCUGAAUAAUGUUUUUAAGUUGUAGUAAUACAGUGCAUGUUGAAGUGCGUUUGCAGCGUAGCGAACAGCGAAUUCAGACGCUUCGAGCGGCGAUCGAGCCUCAAUUGAGCGCUUACCUGCAAUCGGCAAAAAUGUUCCGCUGGAAUGUGAGUUUCGCACCGGAUGCGCAGAUUGAUCAAGUGGAGAGUAUUUUAAUGGAGAGAGACAACGGAGAAAAUGGAACUAUGGAAGAUCCCCAAAAGUAUAAAUUCCUGUAUCACUUUUACAUGACACAGCGUCCGGAAAUGCGUUCAGAGUCGGGUCUGUUCGAUGGCGGCGGCGAUGAAGAUGUCGAUAGUGUGCUAGCUGCCAAUCAUGUCUUGCUGCCUGCCAAGGAAUACGUAGGCCUAUGGGAUACCUUAAUCUACGAGCAGGGACUCAAGGAGAAGUUGCUUAAAUUCGCUUUGUCCGCCUUGAGUUUCUCGCAGCACAGCGUGGACAUCAAUGUGAUUGCCUGUAAUCGUCUCCUAUUGCUUCACGGUCCACCCGGUACUGGCAAGACAAGUCUGUGCAAAGCUCUUGCCCAGAAAUUGGCCAUUCGCACUCAGAGUAGUUUUCCCUACACGCAUCUGGUGGAGAUCAAUAGUCAUAGUUUAUUCUCUAAAUGGUUCUCGGAGAGCGGCAAAUUGGUGGCACGUAUUUUUGGAAAGAUUGGUGAACUUGUGGCCGACAAAAAUAAUUUGGUUUGUGUUCUAAUCGAUGAGGUGGAAUCAUUAGCAUAUGCCCGGAGCGCUAUGAGUAGCAAUGAGCCGCGAGAUGCGAUGCGUGUGGUUAAUGCCAUGCUGACGCAAUUGGAUGAGAUCAAAUUAUCGCCCAAUGUGCUCAUAUUAGCGACAUCGAAUCUGGCACAUAGCAUUGAUUUGGCCUUCUUGGAUCGCGCGGAUAUACGUCAAUUCAUUGGCUUGCCCGCCAUGCCAGCGAUUCGCUCGAUUUACAAGUCAAUGCUAGUUGAAUUGAUGGCCAAGCAUAUUGUGGAAAUGGAGGAUCUGGAUGCGAGUGCAGCGGAUGCCGAGGGAUUGCUAACGAAGCUGGCAGAGCGCAGCACAGGACUAAGUGGGCGCACCCUGCGAAAAUUGCCGCUCUUGGCACAUGCUCAGCACACGAGUCGGGACUUAUUUGCGCUGCAUCAGAAGAUUAGUUUAGCGGAUUUUUUGGAUGCUAUGCUUUUGGCACUGGAACAGCACUUGACUGACAGACAUCACUUAAUGAAACACUCGCUGCAACAAGCCUAAAAAAAAAACUAAACUUCAAACUUGCUUCAAAUUCAGACUUUUGUAAUCUUCCAUUUUGCGCUGCUAUAAAGAAAAACAAAAACACAAAACUAAAGACGACUCCUAGAGUGUCAAUUCUACUGCUUCCUUUUGCUGUGAUUUUUCCUUUCAUUUAUCCUGUUUUUGAUGUGAAAACAAGCGUAAAAUCUUGUUAUUUGCUGCCCACCCAUACAUAUCACAUUUAUACACACUGGACACACAUACAUUCAAAAGACACACAAUACAUUUCUAGUUGCUAUCGCUGCUUUCCCAAUCAUCUCCUCCCUCUUUAUCACUGGCGUCGUGUCCAUAUGCUGGGGAUAAUAAAAUUACACACGUAAGUUGACAUUUUGUUGAUAUUUAUUUAAAUUAUAAUGCUGUGUGAUUUUCACCACAUUCAUUCACUUCUCGUCCUCGGUCUGAUCAAAUGCUUUGCCUGCAGAUUCCCGGUUUGGACCCCAGUGAUUGUUUAGCUCCAAGCUUGCCAGCGACUUGCGAUACAUAAGCAUAUUUGCGUCAUAUUGCCGCUGGGCUGCGGCACGUUGUCCAAUUUCGUCCGAUAUCGGUGGAACGUAUUUGUUGCCGUUGCUUGUUGAUGGCUUAUCCUCAAAGUUGAUGUCAUCCAGAAUUUGACGCACCUUCUGCUGCUCUUCUGCUGAUAUUUCGAAACUGCUUUGCAUUGAUUUCAUGAACUGUAAUUCCCCUUCAUAAUCUGUUCCGCCGCCCAGGCGUAUGUCAGCUUCUUCGCGAGGUUUUACAAUUCUACUCAGUUCUCUUACAUCAUUAGACAUAGUGUCAACACGAUGACUGAGAUGCCACAGCACUUUCUCCAAUUUCUCUAAACGUUCUUCAAACUGCUUGUUGUACAUUUUUUGCGAGGUCAGCGAAUCGAUGACUGCAUUGCGGACAAUAUUCUCUAGAUCUUCCUUUUUCACAUAUUUCGUGCUCAUUUCGAUGUUUCUAUUCCGCGAAGGUAAAUGUUCAAGUAUUUGGUUUAAUUCACGUUUAACUUCAGAA